AAAAUAGGACCGGGAAUGUGGCACAGUAGUCAAGUGCCCCUGAGUUCAAUCCCUGGUACAAAAAAAGUAAUUCCAUUUAUGUUUUCUUCCAAGUAUGACUGCGGAACUUAUUCAUGGGUCUUAAAAGAGUUUACCUAGCAAUGUUCCUUUGAAGAGGUUUGAAGAUGUUUGUUCAGCAGUGGUGUCAGGGUUAUCAAAAAUUAUUCAGAAACAACACAAUAUGCGAGUAUUAUUUAGAAACUUACCAACUGGAGGCUAUCUGUAAUUUCCUUCCUGUAAUGGCUCACCGCCACCUGCCACACCCAACCAUUUCUCCCUUAUUAGACACAGCUUGCCACUAUUUUUCCCAGGGAAAGGUGGUUUUAUUUUAUUUUAUUUAUUUUUGUUUGGUUUCUCAUUCUCUUGGACCACUUAAUCUCCUGUAGAUGCUCCUUCAUGGCUUGACAGUAGAGAUAUUUGGGUACUUCCUCCUUUUCAAGAUUGCAUGCUGUUGGGGCCAGAGCUGUAGCUCAGUGGUAGAGCACUUGCCUAGCAUGUAUGAGGCACUGGGUUUGAUCCUCAUCACCACAUAAGAAUAAACAAAGAUGUUAUGUCCGUCUACAAUGAAAAAUGAUUUAAAAAAAAAAAAAAAGAUUGCAUGCUCUUCCGAGGAAAGAAUCGCCAUGCCUUUAUUCCGUAAAUGCUGAGCACAGUCCCCUCUACAUAACUGGCAACGAAGAUCUGUCCGAAUAAAUAACUAUUUCUUUUUGUAUAUUGCAGAUCACCAGGAAGACCCUACUCUGUUCAGUAAGAGGAGCCUGGCAGGUGAAUCUCCGACAGCAGGACAAGAGUAUUGAUGGAUUUGAAGCCAGUUCCCAAAGCCGUUCAGAAUCCUGGGGAAAUCACUUGUUCUUCUCUGCAUUUAUAGGGUCAGGUUGUUUCUGAUGCAGUUGAGAAAAAUGCAGACCAUCAAAAAGGAGCAGGCAUCUCUGGACACCACCAGCCCCGGGGACAAAGGGAUGGUACUCAGUUCUGCCUUAACCGAAGCCACCACGGAGGACCUGGCCACAGGUGAAGAGCUACUUCUGAACGAAGGCAGCGUGGGGAAGAACAAGUCUUCCGCCUGCCGGAGGAAACGGGAAUUCAUUCCCGAUGAGAAGAAGGAUGCCAUGUACUGGGAAAAAAGGCGGAAAAACAAUGAAGCGGCCAAAAGGUCCCGGGAGAAGCGCCGGCUGAAUGACCUGGUUUUGGAGAACAAACUCAUUGCGCUGGGGGAAGAAAACGCCACCUUGAAAGCAGAACUGCUUUCCCUGAAACUAAAGUUUGGUUUAAUCAGCUCCACGGCGUAUGCCCAGGAGAUCCAGAAACUCAGCAGUUCUCCGGCUGUGUACUUUCAGGACUACCAGACUUCCAAGGCCACCGUGGGCUCCUUUGUGGACGAGCACGAAGCCUCCAUCGUGUCCAGCAGCUGCAUCUCUGUCAUUAAGCACUCUCCGCAGAGCUCUCUGUCCGACGUGUCCGAGGUGUCCUCCGUGGAGCACACGCAGGAGAGUCCUGGGCAGGGCAGCUGCAGAAGCCCUGAGGACAAGUUCCACGUCAUCAAGCAGGAGCCCAUGGAGCUGGACAGCUAUGCCAGGGAGCCCAGGGACGACCGGGGCUCCUAUGCAGCCUCCAUCUACCAGAACUACAUGGGCAGCUCUUUCCCUGGCUACUCACACUCUCCACCUCUCCUGCAAGUCACCAGGUCCUCCAGCAACUCUCCCAGAACUUCAGAAACCGACGACGGUGUCGUGGGCAAGUCAUCCGACGGGGAGGACGAGCAGCAGGUUCCCAAGGGCCCCAUCCAUUCUCCAGUGGAACUGAAACGUGGGCAUGCGACCGUGGUGAAAGUCCCCGAGGUGAAUUCCUCGGCCUUGCCGCACAAGCUUCGGAUCAAGGCCAAAGCCAUGCAGAUCAAAGUGGAAGCCUUGGAUCACGAUUUCGAGACCACGCAAAAACUUUCCCCGCCCGUCGACAGGACGUCGAAAAGACACUUUGAACUUGAAAAGCCUGGUCCCCGGAGUCUGGUACAUUCUUCCCUCACGCCUUUCUCAGUGCAAGUGACAAACAUUCAAGAUUGGUCCCUCAAAUCAGAACACUGGCAUCCGAAAGAACUGAGUGGCAAAACUCAGAAUGGUUUCAAAACUGGAGUGGUGGAAAUUAAAGACAGUGGCUACAAAGUUUCCGACGCGGAGAAUUUGUACUUGAAGCAGGGGAUAGCAAACUUAUCUGCAGAGGUGGUCUCACUUAAGAGACUCAUAGCCACACAACCCAUCUCUGCUUCAGACUCCGGGUAAAUUACUACUGACCAAGAGCUGGACAUUUAGGAGGCUGUCAUUUGCCAUAGAUGGAUACGUUUUUGUAUGAUGCUGAAUUUUCACUGGACCCAUGUUGUCAUUUCACUGUCGUGUGCACAUGUUGUCUGUUGAGUGUCUUUAUGUGCACAAAUUAUGAUGAAGAUGAGGUAUGUCCUCACCCUUCCCUGUGUAUAGUCACAUAGUCCACACGCAGGCUGUACCUAUCGGACAUUAUUUUUGUUGUUCUAUUAUAAAGCGUGUAAGUUGCCAGUUUCAAUAAAGGAUUGGUGACAACACAGACA